AUGGGUAUAAAAAUUUCAACCACCAAUUUCGUGAACAACGUAGCAGGAUUCGUGACGGGCAAAAAGCGAAAACACUCCGAUUCCGACGACGAGGAAAUCAACAAAGUGAUAGACAUCGCUUUACACACCCCAAAAAGAAAGAAACUGGUAAGCACCGCGAAAUACAUCUACCAAGCUCUGUUCCUCGAAGGGCAGAAUUCCGAUGUAACUGUAAGCGCGUUAGGCGAGGAAUUCCACUUGCAUAGAGUGUACUUGUGCCAAAGCCCUUAUUUCUCCAGCAUGUUCGGCGGGUCUUGGCUGGAAACCAACCAAAAAUACAUCAACAUCGAUAUCAUCGAUCCGCUUAUUACGAUAGACUCUCUUAAAGUAGUAUUAGGAUCGUUGUACAACUGCGAAAUAAUAUUGAAUCCGUUGGAAAUCGUUCCGAUACUAGCCACAGCCACCAUGUUCCAAUUGGACGGUUUGAUCGAAAAAUGUACGGAAGUUAUGUUGGAAACGAUCAAUCCCAAAACGUCUUUAAAUUAUUACAACGCGGCCUGCCAAUACGGCGACAAGAAACUCCAAGACGUCUGUUUCAAAUGGUUCCUGGUCAAUCUGAUGCCUUACUACAUAUACUACAUCAGCCACCCGUUGUCCGAUUUGAAGACCAUUCCGGUCGCGCUCAUGGAGAAGCUCGUCUCGCAUCCCGAUCUCUGCGUCAUACAAACCGAAUAUUCCAUUUACGUGAUGCUCAAAUAUUGGAUCUACCUGCAAUUGCAUCCCGAUUCCGACGAGCCUUCCAUGAACACCGUAAACGAAUAUUUCACUUCGCGUACAGAAACUCUACCGUAUUUGCUGACGUCCGAAGGCAAAAGGUUUAUCUCAGUGUUCCAAGGUUUGCGAUUGCAGAAUCUCAUCUCCCAUCAGCUGGACGUGUUGCUGAUACUCCGAGACAACAUCGUACCGAAGACUUGGCUGGAUUCGGUGAUAUUGCAGCAAUGGAAGAACGUGCUGAGGGUGAACCAAAACGACGAUAAAGGACCUGGUGAGGUAUCGAACGAAGUGUUUCUGGCGACCAGCCUGAGAUGUGGAAGAGUUUUAUCGGUGAACGAAAGGCAUGUAUGGAGGUGGACCGGGUUCCAUUUCGGCGUGGAUUUGCUGAUGAUCACCGAAGGUUCCACGAUAUCGAUCAAAAGGAACCACCGAUCGGAGUUCGAGCAGCUGCUGAGCCUGCAAGCUACCAGGCAUAUAGCUAUUAGGGUAACGGUUACUAAAAUCAACGAACAAAGGCAGAUUAUUUACAGCGCGCAGUCGGAGAUGUUGAAAAUAUCGCUGACCAAAGGGGAGGAGGUGCAGAUAAUGGCGUUCGAUAAAAGCAUCGAGUAUCCUAUAAUUAUAUCUGCGAAUAUAUUGUAUACCUCGCCUGAUACUCAGGAUAGUAAUCCGAGCGAUGAAAUGCAUCAGACGAUAUCUUAG